ACGGACGGACGGACGGACGGACACACGGACACACGGCCGGCGGGGACACACACACGGCCGGCGGGGACACCGCGCACCGCCACCGCAGCCUCGUCCGACCGCGCGGGGGGAACGGCCGCCCGCCCCUCCGCCCGCUGCGAUGCUGCGGCUCGCCGCGCUGCCCUGGACCUUGGCGUUGCUGGGAGCCGCAGCCUCUCUACAAGUGGACAUCGUUCCGAGUCAGGGGGAGAUCAGCGUUGGAGAGUCCAAGUUCUUCUUAUGUCAAGUGGCAGGGGAGGCCAAGCACAAGGACAUCUCGUGGUUCUCCCCGAACGGGGAGAGGCUGACGCCGAACCAGCAGCGCAUCUCGGUGGUGCGGAACGAUGACUUCUCCUCCACCCUCACCAUCUACAACGCCAACAUCGACGACGCCGGCAUCUACAAGUGCGUGGUCAGCAGCGCCGACGAGGGCGACUCCGAGGCCACCGUCAACGUCAAGAUCUUUCAAAAGCUGAUGUUCAAGAACGCUCCCACCCCCCAGGAAUUCAAGGAAGGGGACGAUGCUGUGAUCGUGUGUGACGUGGUCAGCUCGCUGCCUCCCACCAUCAUCUGGAAGCACAAAGGCAGGGAUGUCAUCCUAAAAAAAGAUGUGCGGUUCAUAGUCCUGUCCAACAACUACCUGCAGAUCCGGGGCAUCAAGAAGACGGAUGAGGGGACGUACAGGUGUGAGGGGAGGAUCUUGGCUCGGGGAGAGAUCAACUUCAAGGACAUCCAGGUCAUUGUGAAUGUACCUCCUUCUGUGCGUGCCAGGCAGAGCACUAUGAAUGCCACUGCCAACCUCAGCCAGUCUGUCACCUUGGCAUGUGAUGCUGAUGGUUUUCCUGAGCCAACCGUGACGUGGACAAAGGAUGGAGAGCCCGUGGAGGAGGCUGACGAUGAGGAGAAAUACAGCUUCAACUACGACGGCUCGGAGCUGGUCAUCAGGCAGGUGGACAAGAGCGACGAGGCCGAGUACAUCUGCAUCGCUGAGAACAAGGCAGGGGAGGCAGAUGCCACCAUCCACCUCAAAGUCUUCGCAAAACCCAAAAUCACCUAUGUGGAAAACAAAACAGCCAUGGAGCUGGAGGAUCAGAUCACCCUGACCUGCGAGGCCUCCGGGGACCCCAUCCCUUCCAUCACCUGGAGAACCUCCACCCGCAACAUCAGCAACGAGGAGAAGGCUUCGUGGACCCGGCCCGAGAAACAAGAGACCCUGGACGGGCGGAUCAUCGUGCGCAGCCACGCGCGGGUGUCGUCGCUGACGCUGAAGGAGAUCCAGUACACGGACGCGGGGGAGUACGUGUGCACUGCCAGCAACACCAUCGGCCAGGACUCCCAGGCCAUGUACCUGGAAGUGCAGUAUGCCCCCAAGCUCCAGGGCCCCGUGGCUGUGUACACCUGGGAGGGAAACCAAGUGAACAUCACCUGUGAGGUGUUUGCCUACCCCAGUGCUGUCAUCUCCUGGUUCCGGGACGGGCAGCUGCUCCCCAGCUCCAACUACAGCAACAUCAAGAUCUACAACACUCCCUCAGCAAGUUACCUGGAGGUGACCCCAGACUCGGAGAACGACUUUGGGAACUACAACUGCACUGCCGUGAACCGCAUCGGCCAGGAGUCCUCCGAGUUCAUCCUGGUGCAGGCAGACACUCCGUCCUCCCCGUCCAUCGACAGAGUGGAGCCCUAUUCCAGCACUGCCCAGGUGGAGUUUGAUGAGCCUGAAGCCACUGGUGGGGUUCCCAUCCUCAAGUACAAGGCAGAGUGGAGGGCCCUGGGCGAGGGAGAGUGGCAUUCCAGGUUGUAUGAUGCAAAAGAAGCCAACGUGGAGGGCACCAUCACCAUCACUGGCCUGAAGCCUGAGACCACCUACUCGGUGAGGCUGUCUGCUGUCAACGGCAAGGGCGUGGGGGAGCUCAGCCUGCCCUCCGAGUUCAAGACACAGCCAGUCCGGGAACCCAGCGCUCCCAAGCUGGAAGGGCACAUAGGAGAGGAUGGGAACUCCAUCAAAGUGAACGUCAUCAAGCAGGACGACGGCGGCUCCCCCAUCAGACACUACCUGAUCAAGUACAAAGCUAAGCAUUCCUCGGAGUGGAAGCCGGAGAUCAGGCUCCCGUCGGGCAGCGACCACGUGAUGCUGAAGUCCCUGGACUGGAACGCCGACUACGAGGUCUAUGUGGUGGCAGAGAACCAGCAGGGCAAGUCCAAACCCGCCCACUACGCCUUCAGGACGUCUGCCCAGCCCACUGUCAUCCCAGCGACCUUGGGAAGUCCAUCAACGUCGUCCUCCUUUGUUUCAUUGCUUCUCUCUGCAGUGACUCUGCUUUUGCUCUGUUAGAAACUUAAAAAAGAAAAUGAAAUAAAGCAAUAUUUGCUUGAAAAGGUCCCACCAAGGUGUGAAAGCAGAUAACUUUCCUUCAGAGGAUCAUGUCAGUUCAGAGAAAAAAAAAAAAGAAACAAACACAGAACACUUUAAAAAAAUGUUUAAUUUGAAAGAGUCAGUAUUUUGUAACAAGGAAAAAAAGGUUUAAGCCGAGUUUUUUCUCUUUAACAUUUUUUUUUGUUACUUGUAAUGAAUUUGCCCUUUUUAAUGGAUGUAAAGAAAGAAUUUUUUUUGGUGUUGUUUGCUUGCUCUUUUCAUCAAAGGAAGGUACAAUGGUGAAAGCCUUUAAGAUUCUGCUUUUUACUGAUUUCUCUGCACAUCUGGUGCUGACCAUCACUGUCUUGUGCAAAAAGCUUUCUAAAGGCCCAGCCACGAGUCUGAACCUGCAGAUUAUAAAGAGAAACAGAAGAUUUGUCUGAGACCAUCCUGCUGCUUGCCCGAGGGUCUCGGGGGGCUUUGGCUCGUGGACUCCCAGUUGUGGCCAGCGGAAGGUUCCCCUGAGGUGCUGAGGAGGAACCUGUGGUGGGAAUCACACUGAGGAAAUUCCUGUUUCCAUUCCCCCUGGCCCUGAACCCCUGGGAGCACCCUGGCCCUGAACCCCUGGGAGCACCCUGGCCCUGGGGUGCAGGCAGAGCUGGGCACGAGGCAGCCCCUGACCCCCAGAGCUGCACUGGAUGCUUGUCUAACACCUCCUGGUCCCCACUGCUGCAUUCCCACCCUCACAGAGAUCCCCUUCCUUGCCACUUUAACAGAAAAGCUUAGUUACCUGCCCAGCUAAAUUAUUAUUAUUAUUAUAACUACUGAUCCUCCAUACUACUGCUGGUUAACUGUGCAUGUGACACUGCCAGGCAGGGUUAUUAAUCCACACUGUGAACUGGUGCAAUAGGAGCAUCUUUGCUGCCAACUGCUGGGUGUUGCAUUUCUGCAUUUGAGCAAAUUCCAGGUGACUUUUUUUCCUUUGCUCCUUACUUUUAAAAAAAAAAAACCAAGCACCAUGCCCCCCCCCCCCAAAAAAAAAACCACACCAAAAAAUCCAACCCAACACCAAACCCAGUGCCCCUCAUGAAUUUUCUUGGUGAUGGGAAAUCCCUUUGGCUCUCAUGCUCUUCUGUAAAUGGGGUCUCUCCUUUCUGAGUGGGGCUGAGGUGGCCAGGGAUGAAAUUGUUGACUCAGUUGUUGAACUGUCUGUACAGAAUGUCUCAAAUGCUCUUGGCUGGAUGGGAUUAAUCUCUCUAACAGAAUCCUUUUAGGGACAAACAAAACCCUGCCCGCAGUCGUUUUCUGCUCUGCACAUAAAUCUCUGCUGUGUUUAUUCAGACCUUGUUCAUCAUGAUUUGUGAACUGCUUUUCUAUCUAAAUUAUAAAUGAAAAACUUGGUGCAGGUGUCGCACAUAAAA